AAAUGAUCAUGUAGGAGCCACGGAGAAAGACAUAGAAGCGCGAUGGGGGAAAAAACAACGGAUCCGGUCGAAAAUGUAAGAGGAUUUGAUUUUGCAGCCACUGAAAAGAGAUUAGGGCGGCAGCAGUGGAAGUUAAAUUGUGCUGCAUAUAAAAUGGGCGGAUUGGUCUUUAGAUGAGAUUGGUGCCUCCUUCUAUUCUAAAAUUAAAUCGCCUGUGCUCCAAGACACAGUCUAUUUUCUUUUAACGUUGUUGACCUAAAGAUUUAUUUUGGGCCGUGAUCUCAGAAUAUGAGCCAGAUUUUGGUAGUUUGGUAGAACAUUUUUUGUUGGCGACAGACUGAGAGAGUUCAACUCACUACGGCACCACAAUGAACAGUGAGAGAGACCUGCGCAUACUCAGCAUCGUCAGCAGCCGCUCUCCAGCCUCAAGCUAAAAUUUCGUCAGAUCUGAGAUCACAGAGGAUUUUCUCAUUUCAAUCCGGCUAGAAAAGAUAUUCACAAAAGUUUGAGGAUAUAGGCAGCCGAACACUGACUAUAACCCCGACUCAUCUGCUCAGUGAAAGGUCCUCAUAUUGCAACUAUGUGUGGACGGAGCAGAACGGCCUUGCUGUUUCUGUGGGCCUUUUUGCUCGCAGCUAACAGUGUACUUGGUGGGAAAAGCUCUGGGCAGAAUGGCAUGACAGAGGAACAGAAAGAUAACACUACUGUGUUCACCAAGAUCUUAGACAGCCUUCUGGAUGGCUAUGACAAUCGCCUCAGGCCAGGACUGGGAGAGCGUGUAACUGAAGUCAAGACUGACAUUUUCGUGACUAGUAUCGGGCCAGUUUCAGACCAUGACAUGGAAUACACUAUUGAUGUGUUCUUCAGACAGAGCUGGAAGGAUGAAAGGUUAAAGUUCAAAGGCCCUAUGGCUGUGCUGCGUCUCAACAACCUCAUGGCCAGCAAGAUCUGGACCCCUGAUACCUUUUUUCACAAUGGCAAGAAGUCUGUAGCCCACAACAUGACCAUGCCAAACAAGCUGCUGCGAAUUACAGAGGAAGGCACACUGCUCUACACUAUGAGGCUUACAGUAAGAGCAGAAUGUCCCAUGCACCUGGAAGACUUCCCCAUGGACGCCCAUGCUUGUCCACUCAAAUUUGGUAGCUAUGCCUACACUCGGGCAGAAGUGGUGUAUGUGUGGACCAGGGGUGCAGCCCAGUCAGUUGUGGUGGCAGAGGAUGGGUCGAGAUUGAACCAGUAUGAUCUGAUGGGACAGAGUGUGGAUUCUGGUGUGGUGCAGUCCAGCACAGGCGAAUAUGUUGUGAUGACAACCCAUUUCCACCUGAAGAGGAAGAUUGGUUAUUUUGUGAUCCAGACGUACCUACCCUGCAUCAUGACAGUCAUCCUUUCCCAGGUGUCCUUCUGGCUCAACAGAGAGUCUGUCCCUGCCAGGACUGUCUUUGGAGUGACCACUGUCCUGACCAUGACCACACUCAGUAUCAGCGCUAGGAACUCACUCCCUAAAGUGGCCUAUGCUACAGCCAUGGACUGGUUCAUCGCUGUCUGCUAUGCCUUCGUCUUCUCGGCCCUGAUUGAGUUUGCCACAGUGAACUAUUUCACCAAGAGGGGGUACGCCUGGGAUGGAAAAAGUGUGGUGCCAGAGAAGCAAAAGAAGAAGAAGGAGUCACUCCUGAAGAAGAACAACACCACAGCCUACCCAGCCGCCACUGCUACAGCCUUCGCCCCCAAUAUUGCCAGGGACCCUGGAUUGGCCACCAUUGCCAAAAGCGCCCCUCCACCCCCAACUGAGCCUAAGGAGGAGCCAAAGCCCAAACCUCCAGAGGCCAAGAAGACCUUUAACAGUGUGAGCAAGAUAGACAGGAUUGCCAGAAUAGCCUUCCCUCUGCUCUUUGGAACCUUUAACUUGGUCUACUGGGCGACCUACUUGAAUAAGAAGCCCAAAUUGCAGGGGGUCAACCCACACUAAUCCACAUCCCAUACCUUUUAACUUAUUCUUGUAUUUAUUUCUUUUUUCUUCUUCUUCUUCCUCUUCCUAAAAAAAGUGUUUAUUUUCAGACAAACAUGGUGUCCAUGCUGGUUUGAAUUCCCAGUUGUUGCAUUGCUUCUAUGUUCACCUAAAUUUUGAACAUUUUGAAAAAAAAAAAAGAGAAAAUAUGUCAUAGAAUGACAACAAUACAGACUUUUGAACGGGUGUUGAUGGGGUUGGAGAUAAUGCUACAAAGAAAAUACGCUAUCAAUAUAUACCCAAGAGAAUGCUAUUCUACAACUGCACAUAGCCCAAAAUUGUUAAGGGUCUAUUGUUUAUAUGUUUGUUUGUUUUAUUAUAUUUAUUUAUUUAUUUUAGUUUGUUUUGUAAUUUGUUCUUUUUUGUUGAACAUUAAAUCAUGGACACUGUAAAAGGCACUUGUGUAUAUGCAUGGGCAGAGCAUCAUUUUAUUUAUUUAUUUCAAAUACAGAUGAACCUUUACUGAUAGCUUAGUUUAUUUGAUAUCAAUGGCAAACUGCUACCCUCAAUCUGUCAAAAAAUCUUCCAUUCUCUGUAGAUGUUGAUGUUUUUUGAGGUUAAUUAUGUCAUUCUUAAAAUAUGUUAGGGUUUCUGCAAUAGCAAUAAAACAUGUCUCAGCGGACACACACAUUUAUUUAGGGAUUUAAAAAAAAGAUUUAAAAUAAAUUCAUUCAUCUUUGUGCUCAGCAUAAAAAAAAAAUAUUUAAUUUCUCAGCAUUGUAAAUAUUAUCAAGUCUUAGAGAUGUCAAUAUUAUGUUUAAGCUUUACAAAGUGUAACAAAGGGUAUGUUUAUUCAACAUAUGGCAAAGGAUUUUAUUUUACUUAUUUUUAUUUUUUAAUGUUGUUUCUGUUCAUGAUACUUUCUAUGAAAAUAAUAUUAACUGGUCUACUUCACGCCCAAGUGACUGUUUCUUGCCAAGUUACCGUUCCAUUGAUAGUUCAUCAAAGCUGCUCUCACCACUGACAUUGAGGUAAUAUAUUGUUCAAAUGCAUCUUUAGCUGUGUGUUUGUGUACACAGUAACAGCAACAAGAGCAACAACAACAAUAGUGUAAACUGGGAUUGGCUAGUGGUAAGAAUGUACAACUCAUCCUAAAUGUUGGAAUGCAUUUUAUAUGUAGAAUUAAAAUGCUCACAUUCUUUCCUGUUUUGUUUUCUGGCUUCUGUGGAGGAGACACCAUCGUCAAUGGUGGGGCCUUGUUUGCAAAAAUAGUAAAUUCAUUCGCAAGUUAGCAUCACUCAAGGAGGGGGCGGGCCACACUGAGUGGAGGGAGAAGUGCCUUUUCCAUUUUCAGAGUUGGAGCUGUGAAAGCUACUACUUUGUCGAUGAUGGCGCAUCUAGGUUUUCCAUCUCAGUGUGUCCCCUGACCCUGUUUGCCACCGUUCCCCUCUCCCUUCAGUUGAAAUUUAAGACAUAACACUCAGAAAGUACCAGCUACACUGCCUUCAGUAUCACAUGCCCGUUUGGACUUAUUUGUUGCUGCUUGUUGGUGAGCAACAGCGAGAGACAGGGACAGAGACAGAAAGAGAGGGAGGGAACAUAAAGUUGAAGUGGCACUAUAAUCUUAUUUUAGCCGGCGCUGUGUUUCGCACAGACUUGUCUUGUAGUUCUAUGAUAGUAAUGAAGAUGAAUAUCUAUAUUUUUGUAGCAUGAUGUCAAUUGCUCUUCAGAGUAAAACCAACAAAAACUCACGCAAAUGUGAAAGAACUAUGUUUCGUUUGUCUUUGCUCACUUUUUCAUUUAACCUGUAAAAGCAUACACAUAGGGAAAUGCUUCUUCUCUGAUGUGGCACGUUAAGGUUUUCAAACAGUCCAUUUUAAAUUAUGUUAAUGUAGCAAUAUUAAUUAGCAAGGGCUUUUCUGAGGACCUGAACCUGACACACAGUCUAGGGGGUGAUAUUCAUUGUAGCUUUACAUUGACCCCUAAUACUUGUAGUUCCAUGUAUAUGCUAUACGUUGCAAUCAAGGCAUUGUAUGGAUUUGGUCAAAAAUAACAGGCUGCAUGUGUUGUGUUGUGUUGUGACUCCGACUUGAAGCCACUUGUACCCACUCCAACGGCUUUUCCGCUUCUUGUUGAGGAGUGGGAUGCAUUGUAUGGCGUUAUGGGUUAUGGGUGUACUUUUGAAAAUAUGUUUUACAGGACACUGCACAGGGCAAAAGGCAUGUCAGGACCCUGCAGACUUCUCUGUGUGUUUGUGCGUUGGGGUGAAGAGGUGACGCCAUCCCCAUAGGGAGAAGGAAAGAGAGACUGGUGGUUGUUGCUAUUGUUAUUAUCCACAUUAUUAUUAUGACCAAUACUGAACCUGUCCCCUAAUGGCAGAGGUCUUUGCAAGCUUAUGCAAGCAGUCUACCGUUCACAGCCACUCAACCUACAGGCAGAGAGUCAAGGAACUGCAAAGUUCAGGGUGAAGAGUUGUAUAAAUAUAAAUAUAUAGAUAUUUCAAUUCUAAAAUAUUGUAUGGAUGUUUAUUAUCAUGAUGAAGAAAAAAUAUAUAUACAUAUGUAAAAUACAUAAUGCAUACAGUAUUUGACUCUUUAUUAAUGAAGAUAUUAGCUAAGAAGAUGAUGAAUAUUGUUUGUAUUAUCAACCUAUUGUUAUGCAUUUUGCACAUUUAGAAGUACAAUAUCAUUACAUUUAUGUAGUCAGCUUCGUGCUAUGCAAGGACAGCUUUGAACCACAUCAUCUACCUUUUCUCCCUGACCAUUGUGUUUCAGAUUUACAAGCUGUUAUAUGAAAAAGGAAAAAAAAAAAAAAAACUUAGCUCUUUUAUCAGCUGCACACCCAUUAGCUUUUUAAGAAAAAAAAAAGAAAAAAAAAAAAAACAUUGUUAUGCUGGGUGAUCUCAAAGACAACAGUCAGCGGACUCUUUUGUUUGCCUUUUGGAUUUAUCAGUGGUGAGAAGGGGGAAUGGCUUUCAGCGUUGAUUGCACUUUCCCAGAGACAUGCAAUAAAGUGAUUGAACUGAAAACCAGGAGGAAAUUAUAACAAGAUCACUUUAUCAGUAGUAUUAUUUUUAUUCCUUCUGUUCGUUAUUUUACCUUGUUUCCAUGACUAAAAUGGAUGCAAGUGAAUUUUUUUUUUGGUCCAUAUUUUACUUUUCAAAAGCUCAAGGACACUGAGCACCAGAAAGUUUUGGCGACCACUGUAAAACAUCUGAAAGUCAGUUUAAUAAUUCUGUGUUUCUCGAUUUCUCUGAUGCUAAACCCCAAGAAUAAAACAAACACUAACCUUUUUUUUUUUUUUUUUUUUUUUUCGUUUUUGGAAAUCCAGUUCUGGUUUUGGUCCACAGCGUGCACUAAAUGCUCCAGAAAGAGAAUGUCAAGUGUGAGGCACAGUGCAAUCAUGAGCUUCCAACAUUUACCCUUACUCUCAUUUACAGCAGAUACAUGUAUAUAAGGCAUUCGUAGGCAUCUAAAGCAUCGAUUCCAUUAUGUUUGAUGCAAGGUCCAUUGCAGUUCUCAGCAGCACUUGCUUUUCAACAUUGGGUCUUUGGUUAUUCCUAGGUACCUACUGGAGUCUUUUUUCUUGUAUUUUUAUCUAGCAAAAUAUGUUUUCAUUUUGACUGAAAUGUAAAAAAAAAAAAAAAAAAAAAAAAAAAAAAACUAAUUUUCUAAAGCACAAAAGUUGAUUACAGUUAGAGAUAAUAGAGUGGGACUAUAUACAUAUGGACACAGACAAACAGGCACAUACAAAAUACACACAUGCACACUCGCGCACACACACACAUGUACAUGACGGUUGUGUAAUGGCUAAUGACAAAGGAUUCUUGAGGGAUACCGAUGACAUGGUGAACCUUCUGUAAAUGUUUUCUUUUUUGUUUUUAUUUCUUUAUUUUUUUGGUUAUGAUAUGGCCCUGUAGAAUCUGAUUCUCUGCAUAAGUCUUUAAAUAAAAAGAAAAGAAAUGAAA